ACAUGCCGUGUGUAUAUUCUACCUAGUCCUCCGUGCCCUGGACACCAUCGAGGAUGACAUGACCAUCAGUUUGGAUGUCAAGGUCCCAAUGCUGCACGAGUUCCACUCCUAUCUCUACCAACCAGAGUGGAAGUACACAGAGAGCAAGGAGAAGGACCGGCAGGUGCUUGAGGACUUCCCAACGAUUUCCUCGGAGUUCCGGAGCCUGUCGAAGGUGUAUCAGGAUGUGAUUUCAGAUAUUUGUCACAAGAUGGGUGUUGGGAUGGCAGAGUUCUUGGAGAAGAAGGUGGAUUCUCAGAACGAAUGGGAUAAGUAUUGUCACUACGUUGCUGGGCUGGUGGGAAUAGGCCUGUCCCGUCUCUUCUCUGCAUCAGAGCUAGAAGACCCUAUUGUUGGACAAGACACAGACCUGGCUAAUUCCAUGGGCCUGUUCCUGCAGAAGACCAACAUAAUUCGUGACUAUUUGGAGGAUCAGUUGGAGGGAAGGGAAUUCUGGCCCAGAGAGGUUUGGAGCAGAUACGCCAAGAAGCUCUCAGAUCUUGCCAAACCAGAGAACAUUGAUAUGGCUGUGCAGUGUCUGAAUGAGCUGAUCACCAACGCUCUCCACCACGUCCCUGAUGUUCUAACGUACUUAUCUCGCCUGAAAAACCAAAGUGUCUUCAACUUCUGUGCUAUCCCUCAAGUGAUGGCUAUUGCCACCCUGGCUGCCUGCUAUAACAACAAGCAGGUGUUCAGGGGUGUAGUGAAGAUUCGGAAGGGACAAGCUGUCACUCUAAUGAUGGAUGCCACAAACAUACAGGCUGUCAAAACCAUCAUGUACCAGUAUGCGGAAGAGAUCUACCAGAAGAUCCCGAGCGCGGACCCUUCGUGCCACAAGACGCAGCAGAUCGUGGCCUCCAUCCGCGCGCGGAGCCUGCCCCGCGGGCCCCUCGCGUCGCGGCACCACUACUCGCCCAUCUACGUGUCGUGCGCCAUGCUCCUGGCCGCGCUCAGCUGGCAGUACCUGACCACGGUCUCCAAGGCUGCCGAGGACUUGGUGCAGACAGGCGAGAACUGA